AAACGACAUACGAUCACGAUGCCUCCCCGCCGACAGUCUCAAGCAUCUCAAACAAAGGGCAAGCAGCCCGCCCAAGAAACUCAAGAUGACUCUGAUGAAGAAACCCAGGGUGGCAGGUCAGGUCCUCUGACUGAUGCGGACAUUGAAUCUCGAGCGGGCAUGUUGGUUAGAUUAGCACUGUUCCAGGAGUAUAAACGUAUUCCCAUAAGACGUACUGAAGUCGCCAAACAGAUCCUUCCUGAUAAUACACGAGCUUUCCCCCUAGUCUUUGCCCGCGCCCAAACCAUUCUUCGUGAUACUUUCGGUUGUGAGCUUUAUGAGAUCCGUGCGCGAGGCAAAGGAGAGAGUACGGAAGAUCCAUCUCAGACCCAAGCCAUGACCCAGACCCAGAAGAAGGGUAAGGGAAAGGGAAGGCAGCCUAAUAGGGGGUUGGAUGCGAUCGACGAAGAAGAGGAGGAAGAAGAUGAAGAGGAGGAAGAUGCGACUAUUACGCAAAAGGUCAAGAGGGAAACCGGAACCAAAGUAUAUAUCCUUCAGAAUAUCUUGCCUGGUAAAAUCAUCGAGGCGAUGGCAGAGCCUGCUCCCUUACCUCACGGUAUUGAAGUUGAAGGCGACGAUGACGACUCUGGUGCACUGUUACAAUGGGAUAAGGGGGAUGGAGGGAUUAUCGGUCAUGUUGGCUUGCUAGGUAUCAGGACGUUGAUCCUAUCUCUCGUUCUUUGUCAUAACCGAAUAAUCAAUGAUGACCACCUGCACGCUCUUCUUAGACGUCUCAACCUUCACCGAGAAACCGUGCUCCCGUAUGCGUCAAAAGACACUACCGACCCUCAUCUCACUUUGGACAAGUAUCUUGAACUUUUGGCGAAAUAUCAGUACCUCGAAAAGAUCAAGAAUCCGGGCCCUAUGGGUCAAGCUGAAGGCGGCACCGUUGAAUGGAAGUGGGGAUCAAGAGAGGCGGAGUUUUCGUCCAAAGCGGCUGCCAAGUUUAUGGAAGAGAUUAUGCUUGGUAAGGAAGGCGAAUCUGACAGCGAAGAAGAAGACGAGGAUCAGCCGAGGAGGAGAGGACGUGGAGCACCGAGGGAGAGAGCGAGCAGACCACAGAAGAGGCAGAAGCUGCGUGACGACAUUAUCAAGGCGGCUGGCGGAGUACCCCUCAGUGGGAGGGAUUAACCGCUGGCUAUCAUGUAUACAUACAUUGUUGGAUCUCGUUUGCGGGUUGCAUGUAUGUUCAGAUCUUUUGG